GCGGCGGGGAACGGGGGAGGGGCCGGGCUGGGCCGGGGCCGCCCGCUUAGCUUAUGUCUCUGGCAAAGCUUCCCGUUUGCCUCUCUCUUCCCGAAGGCAGCUGUUGUAGGCCCAGGCUGCCGGGGCCUCUGAGGAGACGGCGGUAGUGGGAAGGGGAGGAGCGGACGGGAGGGGAGGUGUGAGCCCGGCUUCCCCGGGUCCCUCCUCGCUCAGAGGAAGCUAUUCAAUCAGAAUCGGGGAACGAUUACAUUCACCUUCGAGAUGUCGUCGGCAGAUGACCUAAAGACUCGGCUGAAAAAGCUCGAAACAAUGAUCAGAGACCCGAAGUCUCCGGUAAACGCGGAAUGUUUGUUGGAUGGCCUCAAUGCACUGGUCCAGGAUUUGGAUUUCCCUGCCCUUAGGAAGAACAAAAACAUUGAAAAUUUCUUAAAUAGGUAUGACAAAGUAAUGGGCAAGGUUCGAGAAAUGCAAAUGAAAGCAGAGGACUAUGAGGUUGUAAAAGUGAUAGGACGAGGUGCAUUCGGUGAAGUUCAGCUGGUUCGACACAAAGCAUCUCAAAAAGUAUAUGCAAUGAAACUUUUGAGUAAGUUUGAAAUGAUCAAACGAUCUGAUUCAGCUUUUUUCUGGGAGGAAAGAGAUAUCAUGGCCUUUGCAAACAGUUCCUGGGUUGUCCAGCUAUUUUAUGCCUUUCAAGAUGACAGAUAUCUCUAUAUGGUAAUGGAGUAUAUGCCUGGUGGUGACCUUGUAAAUCUCAUGAGCAAUUAUGAUGUGCCUGAAAGAUGGGCCAAGUUCUACACUGCUGAAGUUGUGCUCGCCUUGGAUGGCAUUCACUCAAUGGGUUUUAUACACAGAGACGUUAAGCCUGAUAAUAUGCUAUUAGACAAAUUUGGACAUUUAAAGUUGGCAGAUUUUGGUACUUGUAUGAAAAUGGAUUCGACUGGAAUGGUUCGAUGUGACACAGCAGUUGGAACUCCUGAUUACAUCUCUCCUGAGGUACUAAAAUCGCAGGGGGGAGAUGGUUAUUAUGGCCGGGAGUGUGACUGGUGGUCUGUGGGAGUUUUCCUGUAUGAAAUGCUGGUUGGUGAUACUCCAUUUUAUGCGGAUUCCCUUGUGGGAACAUAUAGUAAAAUCAUGGAUCACAAAAAUUCGCUCAAUUUUCCAGAUGAUGUUGAAAUCUCAAAGCAUGCCAAAGACCUCAUCUGUGCCUUCUUGACUGACAGGGAGGUGCGGCUGGGGAGAAAUGGAGUGGAAGAAAUCAAACGUCACCCUUUCUUCAAAAAUGAUCAGUGGACAUGGGACAACAUUCGUGAUGCUGCUGCCCCUGUUGUGCCUGAAUUAAGCAGUGACAUAGAUACAAGUAACUUUGAUGAUAUUGAAGAUGAUAAAGGAGAAGUGGAAACAUUUCCAACCCCAAAAGCCUUUGCUGGGAACCAGUUACCUUUUGUAGGAUUCACUUAUUUCAGAGACAGCCAAUUGCUAAGUGACUCGCCUGCAUCGUAUAAAGAGAAUGAGCCCAAUUUACCCAGUAAAAUUGAGUCCGCAAAACUACAAAAGAAGUUACAUCAGCUUGAAGAACAAUUGAACAAUGAAAUGCAAGCCAAAGAUGAAAUGGAACAAAAAUAUAGAACAACAAGCAGUCGCCUGGAAAAAAUAUCCAAAGAUUUGGAAGAUGAGAUAACCUGCCGGAAAGAUGUAGAAUCAGCAUUAAGGCAGUUGGAACGAGAAAAAGCACUUCUUCAGCACAAGAAUGCAGAAUAUCACCGUAAAGCUGAAUUGGAAGCAGAUAAAAAGCGUGGCCUAGAAAAUGAGGUUAAUAGUCUAAAGGAUCAACUUGAAGAUCUGAAGAAAAGGAAUCAGAAUUCUCAAAUCUCAAAUGAAAAAAUGGCUCAAUUACAGAGACAGUUGGAUGAAGCUAACGCCUUGCUGAGGACUGAAUCUGAGACAGCAGCGAGACUACGAAAGAACCAAACAGAAUUAUCAAAGCAAUUAGGGCAGCUAGAGACUAACAACAGGGAGCUGCAAGACAAAAAUGCUGCAUUGGAUAAUGCCAAGCUCAAACUUGAAAAGGACUACAUAAGUUUACAGUCAGCACUAGAAGCUGAACGAAGAGAUCGCACCCAUGGUUCUGAGAUUAUCAGUGAUUUACAAGGUCGGAUUUUAUCACUUGGAGAUGAACUGCAAAACAAUAAGAGCUCACUGGCCAAAACUGAAAUGGAGAAAAGACAGCUGCAAGAUAAACUAACUGAUCUGGAAAAGGAGAAGAAUAAUAUGGAAAUAGACAUGACGUACAAGCAGAAAGUAUUACAGCAGCGACUUGAACAGGAAGAAGCAGAGCACAAAGCUACCAAGGCACGGCUAGCAGACAAAAAUAAGAUCUAUGAGUCUAUAGAAGAAGCAAAAUCAGAAGCCAUGAAAGAGAUGGAGAAGAAGCUGCAGGAAGAGAGAAGUUCAAAGCAAAAAGUUGAAAACCGUCUACUGGAAGCUGAAAAGCAGCGUUCAAUGUUGGAUUGUGAUAAUAAACAAGCACAGCAAAAAAUAGAAGAAUUGCUUAGGCAAAAGGAGAAAUUAACUGAGGAGGUUAAAAACUUAACAUUGAAGAUAGAACAGGAGACGCAAAAACGUAGUUUAACUCAGAAUGACUUGAAGAUGCAGACACAACAGGUCAAUUCACUGAAAAUGUCAGAGAAACAGCUGAAACAAGAGAUAAAUCACUUGGUGGAGACUAAACUGAGCCUGGAAAAGCAGAUAGGAGAGCUACGAAAAGAGCGCCAGGAUGCUGAUGGUCAGAUGAAAGAGCUUCAGGACCAGCUGGAGGCAGAACAGUAUUUUUCAACUUUGUACAAGACUCAAGUAAGGGAGCUGAAGGAAGAGUGUGAGGAGAAAAGCAAACUUUGUAAAGAUUUGCAGCAAAAAAUGCAGGAGCUGCAGGAUGAAAGAGAUUCUUUGGCAGCACAACUUGAGAUUACACUAACAAAGGCAGACUCAGAACAGCUUGCACGCUCAAUUGCAGAGGAACAGUAUUCUGACCUGGAGAAAGAAAAGAUUAUGAAGGAACUAGAAAUCAAAGAGAUGAUGGCAAGGCACAAGCAGGAGCUGGCUGAAAAGGAUGCGACAAUUGCAUCUCUGGAGGAGACGAAUAGAAUGCUGACUGCUGAUGUAGCAAAUCUUGCAAGUGAGAAGGAGGAACUGAACAAUAAAAUGAAGGAUCUUCAGGACCAGAUUCAGAAACUGAAAGAAGAGGAUGCAAAUUUAGCUAAUAUAAAAUUUCAAUUUGACAAGCAGCUGCUGAAUGAGAGGACGCUCAAAACACAGGCUGUCAAUAAAUUAGCCGAAAUUAUGAAUCGGAAGGACAUGAAGAGGGACCAUGGCAGACGUGGAACUGACACUGACGUUCGUAAAAAGGAAAAGGAAAAUAGAAAACUGCAAUUGGAGCUGAGAUCAGAGCGGGAAAAGUUAUCACAAAUGAUGAUUAAAUACCAGAGAGAGCUGAAUGAAAUGCAAGCGCAAAUUGCAGAUGAAAGCCAGGUGCGAAUUGAGCUGCAGAUGGCACUAGACAGCAAAGACAGUGAUAUUGAACAACUUCGUUCUCAGCUGCAAUUAGUGCAGGUGGGACUUGACACUACUAGUAUUGGCAGUGGGCCUGGUGAUGCAGAAGCAGAUGAUGGAUUUCCUGAAUCCAGAUUGGAAGGUUGGCUUUCCUUGCCCAUGCGAAACAACACAAAGAAAUUCCUAUGGCGAAAACAGUAUGUAGUUGUGAGCAGUAAGAAGAUUCUAUUUUAUGACAGUGAGCAGGACAAAGAAUUGUCUAAUCCUUCUAUGGUGUUGGAUAUAGACAAACUUUUCCACGUUCGGCCAGUUACACAGGGUGAUGUAUAUAGAGCGGAUGCCAAAGAGAUUCCCAGAAUAUUUCAGAUCCUUUAUGCUAAUGAGGGAGAGAGUAGAAAGGAGCAAGAGUUUCCUGUGGAACCUCCUGCUUUGGGAGAGAAAUCAAGCUACAUUCCUCACAAAGGUCAUGAAUUUAUACCAACGCUCUACCAUUUCCCAACCAACUGUGAAGCCUGUACGAAGCCUCUGUGGCACAUGUUUAAACCCCCAGCAGCUCUGGAGUGUCGCCGUUGCCAUAUCAAAUGCCACAAAGAUCACAUAGAUAAAAAAGAGGAUCUCAUAGCACCCUGUAAAGUGAACUAUGAUGUUUCAUCUGCAAAAGAUCUGCUGUUAUUAGCUAAUUCAACAGAAGAACAACAGAAAUGGGUGAGUCGACUGGUGAAAAAAAUUCCAAAGAAACCUCCUGCACAUGAUCCCAACUUCCACAGAUCUUCACCUAGAUCCUCAAUGCGGGUUCCACCUAACCAAUCCAUGAGACGGCCGAGCCGACAGCUUCCCCCAACCAAGCCCAGAUUGCUUGAUAUGGCCUUUAAAGACUGGGACUGGCCGUUUGAUGAUGAUGAUGAUGAUGAUGUUUUUGAUUUUUGAAGAAGUUGUUUUACCUGAAUGGGCUAACUGUCUGCUGGGGAAUGCAGUCAUACUGUUCAAGAUGAUGGGUUUCCCUCCUAAUCAACAGAAAAGAUUGUGUAAUAUGCUAUUUGACAUUCAAACAAGAGUGCACAAAAUGCUGCAAUUUAUUUUAUAUGAAAAAGAGCUAAACAUGACUGUCUACGGAUCAAAAGUUUCACAAUAGUUUACAGCACUUUGCAGCAAUGUAAAAUUAUAAACCUGGGAGCAGUAUUGGUCUGCUGCAAUCCCAGACAGCAAUAGAAGUUGAUGUAAAGGUGCCCCCAGGUUGCUUGUUAUGUAUAAUCUCCAAAAAGCUCUCUUGGAUGUGAUACUACUUGGCAACCAAGUGAAAUAAACACUAGAUUGGUUGGGACUCAGAAUGAGGGAAAUGUGCCACUGCCCAAUAGACCGGGAUAUUGUAAAGAAGAAAGAUGAAUGGGUGAGGUGGUUGCAUCUGUUCAACUAGGAUAAGAAAGCAAGUGUACCAGGUGGUCACGUGAAAGUAUAUUGUUUUGGAACAGCCCAAGGGAGCUUUGAAUUCAGAGAGUCAGUCAUACCUUUUCAGUUUUAUGCAGAAUAAAUAUUAGUGAAAGGAAACCUUCAGUUGUCUUUCAGUUGGCAAAAGUACAUCAUAUGGUAUGUAUAAAGAACAAGCUUUUGUUAUCACAGUUGCAUCUAUGCACUUGUAUAAAGCCAUAGAGUUUAACAGAUUUGCUUAUAAGCAUAUUAUAGGAAGCUGUGUCUGAAAGGAAUGUGGGAAACUGCAUUUCCUUCAGAUUGAGGAAAUUUUGAGACUGUUAUCAGUCAGAACUACACACUUUAUAAUGGGCAACCCGUGAUUUUCAUUCAUAUCUAAAUAACGCCUUAACUUAACAUUUUCUAAAUGUUUGCCCAUCCUGUUAAAUUGAAGUUUACUGAUGACUGUUAUAAUGGAAAUUAAAUGAAAGUUUAUUGUUAAGAUAAAUAGUGCACUAUUUUUACAUGUAACCAUUUGCAUUGGCCAAUUUUGAAUGUGUUUCUAUAAAAUUAUUGAAGAAAAUAUUUCAAGUAUGGAAUCUUAAAAAGAACUAGCUCUAAUGUACAACUGUUACUACCCACUGUAAACUAAUUAUACAAGGAAUGACAUGGUAUUGGCCCUUUCAGUUAUAUUACUGUAAUUGCAAAUUUAUGGAAUUUGUAAUCCAUUAGACUCACUAAGUGCUAUGAAACCUUAUUUGCCUUGGUUUGUGUACCAGUCUAGAUGUUUUAUUUUCAUUAUUAUUUCUAAAAAAAAAAGAGCAUCCGUGUCUGUUAUUUUUACUACAAUCUCACAUCACAUAUAUGAAGAUUUUCACAAACUCAAAUGAUUUAACUGAAGUCAUACUGUAGGUGUAUUUUAAAAGUUUGUAUAGAGUUCUCUAAUACUGUAGCUGUAGUGUAGACUCUAGUACGGUUGCAGUAGUUUGUUAUGAGGACUCUGUGUACCUGGGAAGCUGAGGCCUUGCAAAUGGGGCACUCAUACAUAUAUAUUAUUUUACAUGCCAUCUUACAAAAAUACAUAAUUUAUAUUGGCUUGGCCAUUUUGUAUUAUAAAGGCUAUCAUCCUGAAAUGCAUGUUUUAUACAACUACAGUAUGCUAAAGAUAAUGUAAACAUAUUUGACAAUAAAACCAUUAUGUAGCCUUC